UAUCAAACACUGUUACGGUUAGAUGUAUCUGUUCCCUUGUUAACUCCGGUUACUUUUACUUGCAAAGAACAUUCCUCGCUGCGUCGCUUUUUCCACCAGCUGCUAAUUGCAAUUACCAGCCCUGCACCGUUUGAUAGGGCUUUACAUGGUUGAAUGCUACUGAAGCCCGAGGGAGCGCGUUAGGAGCAACCAGGGCGCGUACUCCACAAUGACGGUCUUCGGCGCUGACGCACAUAGGCACUCCCAUGUCGGCAUGGACAAAUACAAAAUCGUGCACCACGACUUCAACCACUUCACGCUAGGCCCGCCCGGCAAGGCCGGCAAGCCGCCUCCCCGCAUGUCCUUCACAAUGUCCUCCCCGGAGUCGGAGCGGCUGCCGCUGCAGCCCUCCUUCAACGUGCUGCUGGUGCGGCCCCAGAAGCCGUCCGUGCUGCAACUACCCGCGGUGAGCUGGCUGCUGGAUACGUGGGCGGAGGCACUGGAGCUGCUGCGGCCCGUGCUGCGACUGGGUGUGCCGGAGAGCUCGCUGCGGGACAAGUGCCCCUACUGGAGGGACGACGGCAGCGCUCCCGCCAGCGCCCCCAGCCUGAAGAUGCAGCGCCUGAUGAAGGCCGUCAACAACGAGGCGUUCGGCGCCUCGCACAGGCAGCAGCAGCAGCAGGUGCAGGCAGCACAACAGCAGCCACAGCAACAGCAGCUGGGGCAACAACAGCAACAACAACCACAGCAGCAACAGCAGCAGUCACAACAGCAGCAGGAACGGUUACCGGCCACACAGCAGCAACAGCAGGCCAUGCAGGAUUCAUCAAAUCAGCAGCAACCGCAGCAGCAGCUAGGCUACAUGGGCGGUCUUGGCGGGGUGCUGGCGGCCUAUGUACCCGUGCUGGGUGGUGGCGGUGGGGUACUGGGUGGUGCUGGUGGUGCUGGUGGAGGGCAUGCAGGGGGCACGCAGGGGGUUGGCCAUGAGGCGCCGGGCGGCAAGCCCUCAUCCUCCCACAGGCGGCACCUGACACCUUACCAGGCGAAGGAGGAGUUCGUGGAGGCGGUGACCCCCUGGGCGGUGCUGGCACUCAACGCAGCCGCCUGGUGCUACCUGGGCGGCUCGGCUAGCAAGCCGCCGCCGGGGAUGUAGUACAGAGGGGGAUCACUGG